ACCAAAAAAAAAAAACAUUCUGCCACCUCUUCUUCCCCUUCCGAACAGGUUCCAAACCCUAGGUCCUCCCCAAUGUGAGCGCCGCCGGAGACUGUUCUCUUCAACUGCGGGCGACCGAAUCGGGUCGCCACCCUCCCCUAUCGACGACCAGGCCCUCAAGAGUCAAGAACUGCAUCAUGGAGGCUCCACAGUUUCGGCCUUGGUCAGAUCUUCAGCCGGAACUCCUGGGCCUUAUCCUCAAGCGCCUCCCCGUCCUGUCUGAUCGUGUUCGUCUGAGAGCAGUAUGUCAACCAUGGCGCUCUAAUAGUUUGGAGCAGCACCUUCCCCUCCCAUUUCCAUGGCUCACUCUCCCCGAUGGCACCUUCCUCAACAUUCCCGGUGGUGAAAUUCACCGCAUGCCUAUACCAGAAGGCGCUUGUUGCCAAGGCUCCAUUGACAACUGGCUAUUUCUCACGCACAAUGAUGAUGUAUGCUCAUUGAUGAACCCUUUCUCCAAUACCACGCUGGAUCUUCCUAAGCUAGCCAGAGAAUGGAAGCGUGUGAUAGGUCCCUGCUCCAGAUUUAAGCCAAUUUCCUAUAAGUUGGUGGUGCCCUCACCGCUGGACUCAUCACCCAAUUCCUUGGUUGCUGCGCUAAUCAUGGAUGAUUCUAAUUGCCGCACACUUUGCAUUAGCCAGCCCCCAAUCGCCACUGACUCACUCAGAGGCGACAGGUAUCCAAUAACUAGCCUUUCAGAUAUUGCAUUCUUUGAUGGAAAGUUGUACACAUUGGGCGGAUUUGGCAAGCUUUCGAUAUUUGAGUUGGACAAGGACCUUGUUAUUUCAUCCAUCGGGAAGAUAAUUGACUCUUUGGGCGAUUUAGGUGGAGUGCAUCAACCCUUGGCUUCAGAGAAUCUGUAUAUGAUAAGGGAGUAUCUAGUUGAAUGUGGUGGUAGACUGUUGAUGGUGACACGAUCGUUUCACUGGGGAAGUAAUUCUACAAGUGGCGAUGUCUUCAAAGAUAAACGCACGGUUGCACUUGAGGCCUUUGAGGCAGAUUUGCACAGCAGUCCCCCUCGAUGGAGAAGGGUCCGUGAUUUGGGUGGCCAUGCGCUCUUUCUUGGCCAACAUGGCUCCAAGACCCUACCUGCUGGAGAAUGCAGUGGAUACCAAGAGGAUUGCAUCUACUUCAUGUGCGACUAUCCCUGGCCGAGCUCUUCUGCAAAUCCUCUUCGCGACUCCGGUGUAUACAACGUCAGGAAUGGGAUGAUCACACCAUUGAUGUCAGAGACAGCAGCUGCGCCGCUAGAGCGUGUUGGGCAGUGGCGUCCGGCAUGGGUUUUCCCUUCGGCAGCUAUGUGAUCAACGAAGCAAUGUUUGUUCUGCUUGGAAUUCUCAUGCGUACUCCCAACUUGCUCUGCUACAACUUUGGGACCAACCAAUUCUGCUUAUGUUUAUCCCAGUGACCUGUGAUCUCAGUUGGUACGUUUGUGUGUACGUUAAAUCCUAUGUACU